AUGCGCUCUACAGGGCUCCUCAAGCUCAAUUUGCUCCUCACCACUAUAUUCAUCGCGCAGUUCCUGAACGGCUAUGACUUCUCGUUGAUUUCUAGUUUCCAGUCCAUGAACUCAUGGCGCGACAGUAAGUUGCUCGCGGAGAGUUCAAGUAACAUCGGCCUGUUGAACGCGGCCGCUGAUGUCACCGGAUUGGUGACGGCACCCUUCGCAUCCUACGUCGCCGACCGCUGGGGGCGCAAGUGGUGCAUCCGAUAUUCAUCUAUCGCGAACCUGGUCGGCACGAUUCUCGGGUGCAUCGCUGGUGUCCCGGGUGUGAACGGCUACGCGGUGUUCAUGGUGUCUCGUAUCAUCAUUGGUUCCGGCCUCACAUUCGCGCUAAUGUGCUCGCCCAUCAUGCUCCAAGAACUUCCCCAUCCAAAGCACCGCACCAUCCUAGGCGGCCUUUUCGACAUCGCGUUCAUCGUUGGCGGCUUUAUCGCCUCAUGGAUCCUAUUCGGCUGCAGUUACAUCACCAGCAACUGGUCGUGGCGCAUUCCCUACCUCAUUCACAUCCCCUUGGCGCUGACCAUGAUCGUGCUCAUCACCUUCGUCCCCGAGUCUCCUCGUUGGCUUAUCAGCAAGGGCCGCGAGGCCGAGGCAAGGGCGUACUUUGUCAAGUACCACGCGAACGGCUGCGAGGACGACGAGCUCGUCAAGUUCGAGAUCGACGAGAUUCACGAGGCCAUCGAGACAGAGCGCACCCUGAAGCAGGACUCGUGGACCAGCAUCCUCACGAACCGGAGCAGCCUGCAUCGUCUCGGAUGUGUCAUUCUCAUCGCGGUCUGCCAGAACCUCAGCGGGACGGCGAUCAUUUCGUACUACUACACCGAGAUCCUCAGUCUCGUCGGCAUCACCGACACCGUCACCGUCACAGGCAUCAACGCCGGGCUGACGACGUCGACGGCCGCGUUCGCGCUCUUCGGCCUCUACCUCACGCAGGUGAUCGACCGGCGGCCGCAGCUGCUCGGCACGUGGGCCGCGACGCUCGCCGCGAACGUCGGGCUGAUCGCGUCGACGGCGGUGUACGAGAAGACGGGCUCGACGCACGCGGGCGUCGCGGCGGUCGCGAUGGUCUGGCUCUACAACGGCUUCUUCUUCGUCUCGUGCGGCUCCAUCUUCUUCACGUACCCGCCCGAGGUGCUCCACUACUCGAUGCGCAGCAAGGGGAUGAUGGUCUGGAUGGUGACCGCGAAGCUGCUGUCCGUGUUCAGCUCGUACACGAACUCGAUCGCGAUGGCGGCGAUCGGAUGGAAGUGGUACCUCUUCUACACCGCGAUGCUCAUCGUCACCGGCGUCCUGCUCUACUUCGUCAUCGUCGAGACCCGUGGCUACACGCUUGAGGAGAUCGGCGCGCUCUUCGGCGGAGAGCCGCUCGAGGCCGCUACGCACGCCUACAAGGACGCGAAGGAGGGAGAAGGAGAAAUCGACGUGGACGCCAAGGCGGCUCCCGACGAGGAGGCUCCCAUCCGCAAGUGA